CCUUGAAGAAGCUAUUUCUUUGGUGUGUAUAUUAUAGUUUGCAGCAUAAAUAUUACAUAUUAAUUUUUUAUAAUAUCUUUUUUUAAUUAUAUAUUUUUAUACAGAGUAUACCCAGCGCUUCUACAACAGAUGUCGGUUCAUCUAAUAAGUAUCUUACAGGUAUUAACAGUGGAGCCUGUGACUAUAUACUAAUAUAUACCUAUAUUAGCCACAGGAACUGAAGAGUCUACACCUUCUAUCAGGGCCGUGCCUGACGGGCGUUCAUUGCGUGCACCGCACGCAGGCGGCCGAAAUUAAGAGGCGGCCAAAUCGUUACAAGUUGUUUACUGGGCAAAAAUACAAUCGGUUUGUUUUCAUUAAGAUACGAAGUAAAAACAGUUUCUCUAAUCUAAUCUAUCUAAAAAGAGUUUCUCAGAAAUAAGAAAUGUAUAAAAACUGAUUAGGUCGUUGUAGUAUUUAUAUACCUAGUCAUGCAGCGAAUCCGAAUUUUUUCGAACAUUGCACGAGCGACGAGCCGAAAUAGUUUUUUCAAUUGACCGGCGUCGCGUAAGCGGUCUUAUUCGUCUUAUUAGUCGUAUUAGUCUAUAUACUAGCGAGGAUAAAUCGUUAUUUGUGUCCUGUGUGUGAUCCGAUAUUAUUAAAGUCUUUAAUUUAACGAAUAAAAAUAAAUUGCUUAAUUCCUGAAAACUUUUAGUUGUGUGUUCGUGUGGUGAAAUUUAAUAAAAAGUUUAUUUACUCGACAAAGACUGAAAAAGGCCUACGAAUGUCUGAAAGGAAAACGAAAAGAUUGCCUGGAGCGCAAUAUAAAAGAAAGCGAGAGGAAAAGCAAAAUGAAGCUAAAAAAAUGUUUGGCUCAUUAACAAAGUUUUUAGUAAAAUCGCCAGAACCGGAAAGUAGUUGUAGUAGCCAAUUAAAUCCAAUUGAUGAUUUGUUUUGCGAUAAAAAUGAAAAUGAAUUAUCUGUCGAAAAUGAAAAGGCUAAUGACAAUACUAGUAGUACCGACGAAAUGGAAACAGAAGAUAAUAAGGAUAUCGAUCUAUACAAUACCGAUACCGCUGAAAUUGAUAAAGCAUAUUUUGCUAUGUAUAUGGAUUUAAAUGAUCCAGCUUGCUGGCCUUUAACAAUUACCACUAAAAUAUUGGAUAUAUUAAUCGAAAAAGGACCCAUACAAAAUAAACAAUCUACAUAUCCAUUUAAUGAAUUGGGAAGAUCAUUUUCAUCAACUUAUUUCUAUAGAAAAAUGCCAAAUGGUGAAAAAUUUAAUCGUGAGUGGUUAAUCUAUUCUCCAAAAACGGAUUCCAUAUUUUGCUUCUGUUGUAAAUUAUUUGGCAAACAAGAAAUAAAAUUAGUUAAUGAAGGCUUCAAUGAUUGGCAACACACAUCUGAUAAUUUAUCUCGUCAUGAAAAAACAUCGCUGCAUAUCGGAAAUUGCACCAAUUGGAAAAAUUUGGAAUUAAAUUUAAAAAACAAAGCUACAAUUGAUAAAAAUUUGCAACGGUAUUAUGACGCAGAGAAAAAACGAUGGUAUCAAAUUGUCGUACGCAUGAUAUCUGUGGUACAAUUUCUGGCAGUACAGGGUUUAGCGUUUAGAGGUAGCUCGAGCAGAUUGUAUGAAAACAAUAAUGGAAAUUUUCUAAAAGCAAUUGAAAUGAUAGGAAAAUUUGAUGAUGUUAUGGCAGAUCACAUAAAUCGCAUUCAACAAUCAGUUGCUUUAAAGAACCAUAUGCCACAUUAUGCGGGAAAUCGCUUCCAAAAUGAAAUAAUUAGUAUCCUUGCAGCGCAAAUUCAAAAAUAUUUUUUGUCAGCAAUAAAAGACGCCAAAUAUUUUUCAGUAAUUUUGGAUUGUACGCCGGACAUGGGACAUGUCGAGCAAAUUACAAUAAUUUUGAGAUAUGUGCAUAUUCAAAAUGACGAAGUAGAAGUGAGAGAAAAUUUCGUUGGUUUUUCUCCAGCUCAAAAAAGUACUGGAGAAGCUUUUUACGACUUUUUAAUUGAAAAAUUAAGCUCUCUUAAAUUAAAUGUUAACGAUAUGAAAGGCCAGGGGUAUGAUAAUGGAUCAAAUAUGGCUGGAAAACAUAUUGGAUUGCAGAAACGAAUUUUGGACAAUUAUCCACGAGCUUUGUUUAUGCCAUGCAACGCGCAUACAUUAAAUUUGGUCGUCAAUGAUGCAGCGAAAGUUUCUUUUUCAACUGUGGAUUUUUUUAGUAAUGUGUCAGCAAUAUACAAUUACUUUUCCGGAUCACCUUUUCGAUGGCAAAUUUUAAAAAAACAUGUAAAAUCGUUAACAGUAAAACAAGUUAGCGUAACCCGGUGGGAAUCAAGGAUUAAGGCGAUUAGACCACUGCGUCAUGAAUUAGGUGAAAUUUAUGACAGCCUAAUAGAACUAGCGGAAGAAUGUUCAACACCAAUAGGUCAACAUGAAGCUAAAUGUUUGGCAAUGAAAAUUAAAUCGUACAAAUUUAUUUGUUCCACAGUAAUAUGGUACGAAAUCUUAGAAAAAGUAAAUAUUAUUAGUAAAAUGAUGCAGACCGUUUCUUGGAAUCUUACUUCAUGUGCUGAAUCUAUUAAUAAUAUUUUAAUUUUUUUCCAAAGUAUUAGAAAUGAUGAAAAUUUCGAAAAGUAUUUGAAAAUUGCUGAUGAAUUAUGUGAAUCACUUGAAAUACAACCGGAAUUUCCUGUUGAAAUUUAUCUACGUCGACGCCAUAAGCGAAAACAAUUUGACUAUGAAGGAGAUGAGGAUAUUCAGUUAACUGCUAAAGAAAAUUUCAAAAUUAAUUUUUUCUAUGUAAUAUUGGAUACAGCCAUUUCAUCUGUUACUACCCGAUUUGAAACAUUAUCCAAUUUCGAACAGUCUUUCGGAUUUUUAUAUAAAUUUGUUGAAAUAGGAGAGGACGACAUAAAAAAAAGUUGCUUCGACUUUCAUAAUAAAUUCAAGGAUGGCGAAUCGUGCGACAUAAACGGAGCAGAAUUAUACGAAGAGUUAAUUUCAUUGAAAAUAAUUAUAAAAGAUAGGAAACAACCCGAAGAACUCCUAAAGUAUUUGUACAAACACAAUUUACAAAAUUCAUUUCCAAAUGUAUCUACAAGCUUAAAACUAUUAUUGACCAUGCCUGUAUCAGUUGCGUCUGGAGAACGUAGUUUUUCUAAAUUGAAAAUCAUAAAAAAUUACCUACGUACUUCCAUGACGCAAGAACGUAUGAGCAAUCUUUCAAUUAUCGCGAUUGAAAGUGAAAUUGCUGAAUCUUUAAAUAUUCACGAAGCAAUUGACGAUUUUGUCAGUAAAAAAUCCCGUAGGAUUAACUUUUAAUAUGUACUUUAUUUAAUAAUUGCUUCGUGAAGAUUCAGCAAUUUCACUUUCAAUCGCGAUAAUUGAAAGAUUGAAAGAUUUCCCUAAUUAACCGGUAACCUAACCGAAAUAAUUUUAUGAAACCGGUUAAUUAACCAAAAACCUUUACUAUUUUCAAUAUCAAUAAAUAAUACGUAAGAUUUGAUUUUUUAAAAUCAAAUAAUUUUAAAUUGUCACUGAGCGACACCUAGGAUUUUAAAUUAUCGUAUUCCUAUGUUCUUUAUGUUUGAUAAUUUUGUCUGUGAUUAUAAUACCAAUACCAUAAUUACUUUUUUUCAUGUUAUUAUUAAAGUAAGUAAAUUAAUUCUAUUUUGUAUACCUCCCAAGUUGCAAGUCAGCCCAGAUCUGCCAUUGGCCACUGAGCUUUGUUAUCCUAAUAUGUUAGUAUAGAUUUAAGGGUUAUUCCUUGUUCUUUAUGUUUGAUAAUUUUGUCUGUGAUUAUA